AUGAUAUUAGGAAUUAUUUUAGGAUUAUUUAUAUAUAUAUAUUUAAUAAAUAUAAAAUUUUUUAAUAGAGCAGUACCUUCAUCAUUAUUAGUUGGAGAAAAUAAAUUAAAAUGUAAAUUUCCAAGUGGUCCAUUAAUAUUACCUAUUAUUGGUAGCCUUUACAAAUUAAGUUUAAAAUAUCCUCACUUAUCAUUCAAACAAUUAUCAGAUAAAUACGGAAAAGUAUUUUCAUUGAAAAUGGGUUCAAUUGAUACAAUUGUAAUUAAUGAUAUCAAUUUUUUACAAAAAUCAUUUCGUGACAAUCCAACCUUUUUUUCACAAAGAUUUCAUUUACCAUCUUUUUAUUACAUGGGAAAAUAUCAAGGUAUUAUAUUUGGUAAUGGUUCUCAUUGGAGAAAAUUAAAAGAUAUUUUAAGUAGUUCAAUUACUAAAUCAAAAUCUCGUCAAAUGGAAGAAUUAUUUUAUAAUGAAUAUUUUAAAGCUGAAGAAUAUUUAUUAAAAAAAAUAAAUCAAGAUAAUAAUAUUGAUAUGGGUCCAAUUUUUAAAAGAAUUUUAUUAAAUAUUUUAUAUAGAUUUCUAUUUGGUGUAUCAUUUGAAUAUGAUGAUAAUUUAUUAUCAAAAGAAUUUUAUUCAUUUAUCCAAAGCUAUAAUAAAUUAUUUGAAUAUUUAGCAAAACAACCAGCAGAUUUUAUCCCAAUUUUAAAACCAUUUAAUAAUUAUAAAGAAAUUGAAAAAGAGUAUAAUAAUUGUUUAAAUUUCUUUCAACCAUUAAUUGAUAAUAUUUUAAAAAAUAUUAGUGAUGAUGAUGAUGAUGGAAAUGAACCAAAAUGUUUUUUAGAAUAUUUCAUUAGUGAAAUUCGAAAGGAUACAUCAAAUUUAAUUAAAAUAACUGAUCUUCCAUAUAUAUGUUUCGAUAUUAUUGUUGCAGGUAUAGUUACAACAAGUACAACUAUGGAUUGGAUGUUAUUAUAUUUAACAAAUUAUCCGAAUAUUCAAGAGAAAUUAUUUUUUGAAAUAAACACACCAAACCAUCCAUUACAUAAGGAUAAAUUACAAUUCCCAUAUUUAAAUUCAAUUAUUAAAGAAACUUUAAGAAUUUCACCACCAGCACCAUUUGCAUUACCACAUAUAUGUACUGAUGAUAUUGUUAUUGAUGAUAUAUUUAUUCCAAAAAAUACUCAAGUAAUUCCAAACAUAUAUGGAUGUAAUAGAAGUAAUAUUGAAAGCAGUGAAUCUAACGUCUUCAAUCCUGAUCACUUUUUAUCAAAAGAUGAAUUAAAUAUUGGUCAAUGCGCUUUUUCAUUUGGUUCACGUCAAUGUCCUGGUGCCAAUGUCGCUGAUUCAAUAAUGUUUUUGGUAUCAACUAAAUUAUAUAAAACAUUUAAAUUUGAGAGAACCACUACUCAAUUAAAUGAUGAAAAUGGUCAUUUUACAAGAUCAUUAUCCCCAUUUGAAUUCAAAUCAAAAUUAAUUAUUAGAAAAUAA